AGGUCCAGGUCAAGUCUAGCCCCAGAGCCACUGAAGAAAAGGUCCAGAUGAGGUCAAGACUCAGUCUUGGAAUCAAGAGAGGUGUAGGGCUCACUUUGGGGUCAGUCAUGAUGAUGACUGAGUACUUUAGAGUACUUUAAGGGGGCACUAGGUAGCAUGGUGAUCUGCCUUCAGACACUUCCUGUGUGACCCUGGACAAGUCACUUAUCCCUAAUCACCUAAUCCUUUCCACUCUUGUCUUAGAAUUGAUAGUAAGACAGAAGAUAAAGGUGGUUUUUGUUUUUAUUGGAGUACUUUUAAGUUUUACAAGGUGCAUUCUUCAUAAGCCUGUUGGAGAAUUUGUACAAAUAUCCCUAUCUUACAGAUAAGAAAACAGGCUCAAAGGGGGGAAAUUGUGCAAGAAAAUCCAGGGAGAUCAAUGACUUGAACACAGGAAGGGUUCUUUCACUCUACCUCUACUUCCCUUUCGUCAGUGCUAAGGCUGAGAGAACAGGGACUUUACAGAAGGUCUGGAAACCUUUGACAGAAGCCUCAAGACAGUUCUCUCCUCAAGAAAAAGAAAUUGAGUCUGGUUGAGCCUCCCAUCUCUGAAUAAAGAAAGGUUCCACAUUUCAGACAACUGCUGUUACACCAUCCUAACCUCAACCUCAGUCUUCCCCUGAGAAGCUUCCUCAGACUCCUUCCCUGACCCUGAAAAAUGAAGCUAUUGGGCUCAGGGGAGCCACAUCUCCCUGGGCUCAGGGGACCACCAUUCCUUUCAACAAGCCUGUAUUAACAACAUCCUAUGUGCUUGAUGUUCAAAGACAAAAAGGAAUACAGCUCCCUGCCCUCAAAGUGCUUAUAGUCUAUUGGCCGAAGGAGAAAUGAACAGAACCAAAGCUGCCUCCCAGCUUCCUGUUAGUAGAGUCCAGAGGCUGGACUCACUUCUAGGAUACCCACAGCGCCAUCUUGCCCCCUCCUCAGAGGAGGCCUCUUCUCUCUCUGUGGUGAGAGCUCCUUCCCCCCCUGGCCCUGCCCCUCCCAGUGAUAGGAAGUGGGUGUGGGGGAGCAGAGGCCUUUGUAAGAGGAACUGAUGCUCCCAGUCCUGCUACCCAGAGAGCCAGCACCAGGCCAUGUCUGAGUCCCCACCAGGAGCCCCCUGAUCCUGGCUCUCCCAGUAACCACAGCGAGCCCCACCUGCUUCACCCCAGAAGACCCAACCUAGGGCCAAGGGGACCCAGAGUUGCAGCCACUAUGGGUAGCAAGGAGCGGUUUCACUGGCAAAGUCACAACGUGAAACAGAGUGGUGUGGACGACAUGGUGCUGCUCCCCCAGAUCAAUGAAGAUGCCAUUGUGAGCAACCUCAAGAAGCGUUUCCUGGAUGACUACAUCUUUACCUACAUUGGCUCAGUCCUCAUCUCUGUCAACCCCUUCAAGCAGAUGCCGUAUUUCACUGACCGGGAGAUCGAGCUGUACCAAGGAGCGGCCCAGUAUGAGAACCCACCACACAUCUAUGCCCUCACGGACAAUAUGUAUCGAAACAUGCUCAUUGACUGUGAAAAUCAGUGUGUCAUUAUCAGUGGAGAAAGUGGGGCAGGGAAGACGGUGGCUGCCAAAUACAUCAUGGGCUACAUUUCCAAGGUGUCUGGAGGGGGAGACAAGGUCCAGCAUGUAAAGGACAUCAUCUUGCAGUCCAACCCGUUACUUGAAGCAUUCGGCAAUGCCAAGACUGUUCGCAACAACAACUCUAGCCGCUUUGGCAAGUACUUUGAGAUCCAGUUCAGUCGAGGAGGGGAGCCUGAUGGGGGCAAGAUCUCCAAUUUCCUCCUGGAGAAAUCUAGAGUCGUCUCACAGAACGAGAAUGAGAGGAACUUCCACAUCUACUACCAGCUGCUAGAAGGUGCCUCUCAGGAGCAGCGGCAAAAUCUGGGCAUCAUGACCCCUGACUACUAUUAUUACCUCAACCAAUCUGACACGUAUAAGGUGGAUGGCACCAAUGACCUCAACGAUUUCCAUGAGACUCUGAAUGCUAUGCAGGUCAUCGGAAUCCCAUCCAAUGUCCAGCAGCUGGUCCUACAGAUUGUGGCUGGAAUCCUACACCUGGGGAACAUUAGCUUCUGUGAAGAGGGAAACUAUGCCAGAGUGGAGUGUACAGACUUGCUGGCCUUCCCUGCCUACUUGCUAGCCAUUGACAGUGGGCGCCUCCGAGACAAGCUAACCAGUCGCAAGAUGGAUAGCCGAUGGGGCGGCCGCACGGAGUCCAUUAAUGUGACACUGGGCGUGGAGCAGGCUGCCUACACUCGAGAUGCCCUGGCUAAGGGACUCUAUGCCCGCCUCUUUGACUUCCUGGUGGAGGCCAUAAACAGAGCCAUGCAGAAGCCACAAGAAGAAUUCAGCAUUGGAGUCCUUGAUAUCUACGGCUUUGAGAUAUUCCAGAGAAAUGGCUUUGAACAGUUCUGCAUCAACUUCGUGAAUGAGAAACUACAGCAGAUUUUCAUCGAGCUGACCCUGAAGGCUGAACAGGAAGAAUAUGUUCAGGAAGGCAUCAAAUGGAGCCCCAUCCAGUACUUCAACAACAAGAUUGUAUGUGAUCUCAUCGAGAACAAACUGAAUCCUCCAGGAAUCAUGAGUGUCCUGGAUGAUGUGUGUGCCACGAUGCAUGCCACGGGUGAUGGAGCUGAUCAGACCCUGUUGCAGAAGCUACAGGGCGCCGUGGGCUGCCAUGAACACUUCAACAGCUGGAACUCAGGCUUUGUCAUCCACCACUAUGCAGGCAAGGUCUCCUAUGAUGUCAAUGGCUUCUGUGAGCGAAACCGAGACGUGCUCUUCUCAGACCUCAUCGAGCUUAUGCAGAGCAGCGAACAUGCCUUCAUUAGAAUGCUUUUCCCCGAGAAGCUGGACUCAGAGAAGAAGGGCCGGCCCAGCACUGCAGGCUCCAAGAUCAAGAGGCAGGCCAAUAACCUGGUGGAUACUUUAAAGAAGUGCACACCCCACUACAUCCGAUGCAUCAAGCCCAAUGAGACCAAGAGGCCCCGCGACUGGGAGGAAAGCAGGGUGAAGCAUCAGGUGGAGUAUCUGGGUCUGAAAGAAAAUAUCCGUGUCCGUCGUGCUGGCUUUGCCUACCGUCGUGUUUUCUCAAAGUUCCUGCAGAGGUAUGCCAUCCUGACGCCCGAGACAUGGCCACGGUGGUACGGGGAUGAACGUCAAGGGGUGCAGCACCUGCUCCGAUCUGUCAACAUGGACCCCGACCAGUACCAAAUGGGACGCUCCAAGGUCUUUGUCAAGAACCCAGAGUCGCUCUUUCUGCUGGAAGAAAUGCGAGAACGGAAGUUUGAUGGCUUUGCCCGCACCAUCCAGAAGGCCUGGAGGCGCCACGUGGCUGUGAGAAGAUAUGAGCAGAUGCGGGAGGAAGCUUCCAACAUCCUGUUAAACAAGAAAGAAAGGAGAAGAAAUAGCAUCAACAGAAACUUUGUGGGUGACUACCUGGGACUGGAGUCAAGACCUGAGCUUCGCCAGUUUCUGACAAAGAGGGAGCGAGUCGACUUUGCAGAUUCCAUCACCAAGUAUGACCGGCGCUUCAAGCCCAUCAAGCGGGACCUAAUUCUGACCCACAAGUAUGUGUAUGUGAUUGGGCGGGAGAAGGUAAAGAAGGGUCCAGAGAAAGGACAGAUUCAAGAGGUUCUGAAGAAGAAAAUAGAGAUCCAGACCCUCCGGGGGGUCUCCCUCAGCACCAGACAAGAUGACUUCUUCAUCCUCCAUGAAGCUGGAGCAGACAGCUUCCUGGAGAGUGUUUUCAAAACAGAGCUCAUCAGUCUCCUAUGCAAGCGUUUCCAAGAACUCACACACAAUGUCCUGACUUUGACCUUCGAAGACACACUACAGUUCCGGGUAAAGAAGGAAGGCUGGGGUGGAGGAGGAUCCCGAACCAUCACCUUCUCUCGAGGUCCAGGAGAGGUGGCCACCCUGAAAGCCAGUGGCAAGACCCUGCUAGUCAGCAUCAGUGAUGGGCUUCCUAAGAAUUCCAAGCCAACAAAGAAAGGACCUGCUCAGGGUCAGAGGAGAAGGCCAGCACCAUCCAGAGGAGCCCCAGCUCCCUCCAGAGAGGCUUCCAGAAUGCUUCCCUCACAACAACCUUGGCCAACUCGGAAUGGGGCACCCCACAUGGCCCGUGGUGGCCCCUCACCCCUGGAGCAGAUGUCAAUGGGAGGUGGCCCAAGUUCACAACGCAGUCCUCCAGCUACAGCAUUGGGGGUGAGCCGAAGGCCCCACAAACGACCUCCCUCAGAGCACAAUAUGGAGUUCCUCAAUGUGCCCGAUCAGGGAAUGGCUGGGAUGCAAAGAAAACGAAGCAUUGGACAGAGACCUGUCCCAGGUGUGGGACGGCCCAAGCCCCAGCCCCGAAAUUCAGGUCCCCGUUGCCGUGCCCUUUAUCAAUAUGUGGGCCAAGAUGUAGAUGAGUUGAGCUUCAACGUCAAUGAGGUCAUCGAUAUCCUGCUGGAGGAUCCAUCAGGCUGGUGGAAAGGCCGCCUGCAUGGCCAGGAGGGCCUUUUUCCUGGAAAUUAUGUGGAAAAGAUCUAAGAUCCCAGGAAAUCUGGGGGUCAGAAUGAAGUUCUUUCCAGUCUCUCCCAUCUGCUCCAUCUCUUCUCCAACCUUCUCCUAGGGGAGCCAAGACCCCCAUCUUGUUCCAUCCUAUCCCAUGGACAUCUGAGAAGGCUAGCAGCUAUGAGGAGGGCUCAAGACCCCUGACUUUUUCCACGGGGAGCUGGGUUGCUAUUCCAGGAACUCCCUCCUCCUCUGCUGGUUCCUGCCCUCUUUCCCAGCUUUCCUCAGGAGGAGCCAAGCACUUGUCCUUCCUCAGGGAUAGGGAGUUUAACAAGACCCUUCCAGGCUGAGACUUGAGAAUUCGAGGAGAGAGACACGAAGGGUAUAGGACUAGAACUGGAGACACACUGCCUGGUCCUAAAUCCUCCAAAGCAAGGACCAAGAAAUGAUGACUCUACCAACAACAGGCAGAACAUGUUUUUUGUCUUCCUUCAUAGGCGAUACAGCAUGUAGAAUGAAGGCUUGGAGUCAGGACAACAUGAGUUUAAAUCCAGCCUCAGAUACUUACUGGCUGUGUAACCCCGAACAAGCCAUCUAACUUCUGUUUGCCUCAAUUUCCUCAUUUGCAAAAUGGGGAUAAUAAGAGUACCUACCUCCCAGAGUGGUUGUAAGGAUCUAAGGAGAUAAUAAUUAUAAAAUGCUUUGCAAACCUUA